GUCUUUGCAGCCUCGCUACGGGGCGGAGACUUGCCAGUUAGCAGGGGCAGAGUAGCGAUCGUCGCCAAAGCGCGCGGUUUCUUUUCUCCCAGCUUUGAACCCGGCAAACUAGCUUUUAGGAGUACAGAGAGUUCGAGGUUAUAUCACAAUGUCUGGUGAGUCAGGUCAGCCUCAGGCUGGCCCCUCACACGCUGGGCUAGAUUGGCCAAACCUUCAAAGAGAUCGGGCUGGGGUCCCAGGAGGAGUGAUCAGAAGGGCUGGUGCCCAGGGGCCCAGGUCCUGGAUCCAAAAGGUUCUUGAGCAAAUAACUGGCUCACCUCGUCAGUGGGUCACCCCCUCCGAGGUGGUGCCUGUCACUGUCCUGGCUGUCCAAAGGUACCUGUUAGAGGAUGAGCCACGAGACACGGUGCCCAAGCCUCCCCUUUACUGCUAUGAUGUGACGAUCUCAGACGGAGUGUACCAGGAGAAGUGCUACUUGGACCCCAGCUUGAACUCUCUUGUAUAUCAGAAUAUUCUUAAAGUUGGCAUAGAAAUGAAAAUUUCCAGAGUCUCGUGUCUUUACAAUGAGAAAAGGGUAGGCCAGGGAAUCCUGUGCAUAGAUAAUGUCCACUGUGGGGAGACCCUAGACGCAAUUUCUUUAGAAACUCCCUUCAGAAAUAGAGCACAUGAGGAGAAACCCGAGAGACCCUUAAGGGGAGGGAAGAGUCAUUACCUGGCGCUGUGGAAUAAUGAAGAUCCUUAUGGAGAUAUCUGGUUAACGGACAAGCAACCUGAGGAAUACAAUUUUAACAAUACCAGAAUCAUUUCCCUUUCUCAUCUUGAAAUGACCUGGGCUAACAGAAGGAAUUUUCCUGCCUUGCUUGUGAGGAUCUUGCAUAAAUCAAAACUACGAUACUAUGGAAAACCUGAUAAAAAGAUGAUCGAACCUUACCAGACCUUUUUGGAAGUUGCUGACAGUUCAGGCACGGUGUCAGUGAUUAUGUGGAAUGCCCUAUGUCCUGAGUGGUAUAAAAGUUUGCGUGUUGGUUUAGUUCUUCUACUUCAAGAUUAUUCUGUUAAAAAGAGCUAUCCAUUCAGAAUGCAGCCUCUCCCUGUGGAUCCACAGAUCAAACUAAUUUCUACAAUGGAAAUCUGCCUCAAUCUUCGAGAUCCUCCAACUAAUAUAAUUAUAAUUCCAGAAAAGCAGGUGAAACCAGAAUGGAGAUUGCCAAAAUUAAACCACAGAUUUAUCACAAGAUCAGAACUGGAUGAUAUGCCAGAAAAUCAUAUCUGUGAUGUUAUUGGCAUGUUAGCUUUUGUAGGAAGGGUGCAACGGUCAAAAAAGAAAGAAAACCGUGAAGACUUUUGGUCAUAUCGCUGGAUUCACAUUGCUGAUGGAACAUCAGAGCAACCGUUUAUAGUGGAACUGUUUUCUACAUCUCAGCCAGAAAUCUUUGAAAAUAUUUACCCAAUGACAUAUUUUGUGUGUACACAGUUGAAAGUUGUCAGAAAUGACACUCAAGUACCUAAACUUCUUUACCUCACUACUACAAAUGAGAGCCGAGUGUUUAUUACUGGUCAUAGAGGCCAGCCAUAUACCUACGAUACCAAGGUAAAAAACUUUAUUCAGUGGAUUAAAACAAAGACCGAUUCUGGGGAAAUGAAGAAUACUGUUAUUGGUGGAUAUUACCCCUAUCCACCAGUGCCAGAAACAUUUUCCAAGUAUAGUAAUUCUGUCAAAGUUGAGUCGCUCUUGACAGCUAUAAGUGAAGUGAGGAAGGAGAUUGAAGACUUGCAGUAUAGGGAACAAAAGCGCAUUGCAAUUCAGGGGAUAAUUACUGUUAUAAAGUAUAUCCCCCAUGGCUGUGCAACUGAAAGUGCCUCAGCAUCAGAAACACUUCUGAAUGAUAACCAACCCUCAACAUCUCAAGCAGCUAGAGAAGAAAGUCAUAGGCAGGAAAGAGAUGGUAAAUGGCAUCAAGAUGACAGGCCUAUGAGUCCUCAGUGUUUUCAAAGUACAUCUGCAAGUUUGAGUCCCAGCAAGAAAAGAAGAAUUCUUCAGGGCCCAUAUGCUAAACCAGUUGCUGUACCUCAGCCAGAGGUUUUGGCACAAACAAAAGGAAAUAAGCCUGGCACGUCAAGCUUCUUCCAACGUCAAGAAAGUACAAGUGCUAGUACAUUAGGCAAGGGCAGAAAAACCAUAAGCGAUAGGUGGGAGAGCCAAAUGUGGAGAGAGAAAAGUUUUGGCUUAAUAGACCACCUACAUUACAGCCAUGUGUAUCCUGAAAGUAUUCCACGGAAAUUUAUUUUAGAACACAGAAAAUUUCUUACUCAGCAGUACAAUUCUCAGCCUGCAAAAUAUGUACCACCAGAAGGAAAACCCCCAAAACUUGAUGACUUUAUGAGUGCUCGAAGCCUUGGACAUUUUGAAGUAACCAUCCUAGGUCUGAACCAUGAGAUUGCAAUUGAUGUUGCAUUCCUACCCAUGUAUUGUCCAGAAGAUGUCCGAACAUCUCAAAUAGACACAUUGUUGACCUGCAUGAAUUACAGCUGUGUAUAUCCUCCAGAAGUCACUGUCAGUGACCGAUUUCCAGGCCCCAGAGCACUUGCAAGUGAUAUUAUAAGAGCAGCAACUGAACUGGAUAGAGUACAUAUCAUUGGUAUCUUGGAUAUCUGUAAUUUGGGUAACAACAAAGUGGAAGUCUAUUUGCAGAAAAUUUAUAGUCCAGAGAAUACCUCUUAAAAAUGCCAAAUGAAUUAUUACAGGUUAUAAAGAGGACACUGCUUAAAGAUAUUCUAUUAUUUUGUUGAUAUUUUUAGCAACUGUUUUCAGCAAGAAUAUUACUUGAGCUCUGAAGUUAAGUGGCUUAUGUUUGUCCUGUAUUUGGAGCUAAUGCACUAAUACUAGAUUCAUUAUUGAAAAAGGUUAUCAAAACAAUUCUUAUGUAUCAAAAAAUUACCUUACUAUAUGACUAUUAUCUUGACUUGUCAUAAUUUAUGUUCAGUGUUCCAUUUGUGAAGUGUACUUUUAUUCUAAAGGUUCAGUAUAAGGCAUCCAGACUUACAAGAGUAACUUUUCCUAGAGAUUUAGCAUCCUUCCAAUUUUAUUCACAUGUAAUGACAGAUUUUGAAUUGCCAAUUUGAAGAUUAAAUUCUCAUUCUCUUAAAGUGGUCAACUUGCAUUCUCACAACCAAAGUAAUUUCAAUCAUUUGCAAAAGCACAUGUGGAUUGUUACAGUCUUAUUGCCCCAGGUCUCAAAAGUUUGGUCAGCUGUAAAAUGAAUGAGCCAAAUUAAAUUGUCUUCAAGUUUUUCCAUACUAUACUGUGAUUUUUAUAUGCUUUGGAUUUCUAAAUAUUUUGGCCAGUGUAUGAUGUUAAAUCCAGAGGCUGCAGUAUGUCUAUAUUCUUGCUGUAUUCAUUUUUGUAGUUCCAAAUAUGUAAUGUGAGUUUAGAUAGUGAAAUUUCAUUUCAUAUUAACAUCUUAAGUGCUCAUGUUAAAAGUAGAAAACAGUAACUAAGGAAUUGUUUUCAUUCUGGUUGUCUUAUACUUCAUGUUAAAUGUAAAUGGCCACUCUGCAUUUGCAAGGCCCUGUGGUUGACAUCUAUAUGGUUUGUUAGAUGAGCUAAAACAACCAUGAAAUGAGAUUAAAGAUUAUUCUAUAUCAAAAUGAUUCUGAAUGUAGUUAAGCUAUUAACUUGUAGGAUUUUCUUGUAGCCCUAUAGUCAUUACUUCAUAUGCUAUACAUUUUAAAUUGUUGGGCAGCCUAAGAACUUAAAGAGAUACUGCAGUUUGUUUAUAAAUGUGUUCACUCUUCUAUUCUUCAUAACUGUGUUUAAAUGUUAAGUAAAAUAGUGAAUCCUUCUUGUGUUACAAUUUUGAGUGUAUUAUUAAAGAAGAUAAAAUGCAAUGAC